AUGAGUUGUUUCCCAUGUUGUGCUUCAGAAGAGAGAAUCAACAAGAGAUCAUUGAAGAAAAGUAUUAAGGAAUACCAUGAAGCAAAAACCAUAACCUCAUUUGCCAAUAUCUCUUUUAAAACUGAUAGUGGCAAGAGAAGGUUCAUAGCAGAUGAGAUAGCAAAGCUUGGAAAAGGAAAUGUUACCUCUAAGGUAUUUUCGUAUCGCGAUCUAUGCAAUGCGACUCAGAAUUUUCAUCCUCUAAAUAUGAUUGGGGAAGGAGGUUUUGGAAGAGUAUACAAAGGAAUGAUCAAAAGCACAAAUCAAGUUGUUGCUGUGAAACAACUUGACAGAAAUGGAUUUCAAGGGAACAGAGAAUUUCUUGUAGAGGUUUUGAUUUUGAGUCUUUUGCAUCAUCAAAACCUCGUGAAUUUAGUAGGUUAUUGCGCCGAAGGUGACCAGAGGGUUUUGGUAUAUGAAUAUAUGGAAAAUGGUUCCCUAGAAGAUCACUUGCUUGAUGUAGCUCCUGACAGAAAGCCGUUGGACUGGAAAACUAGAAUGAAGAUUGCAGAAGGAGCGGCAAAAGGGCUUGAAUAUCUACAUGAGCAAGCAAAUCCUCCGGUGAUAUACCGUGAUUUCAAAGCAUCAAACAUUUUAUUAGAUGAAAGCUACAAUCCAAAGCUUUCGGACUUUGGACUUGCAAAGCUAGGCCCGACUGGUGACAAGACACAUGUAUCCACCAGAGUGAUGGGAACUUAUGGCUAUUGUGCUCCUGAGUAUGCGUCAACGGGACAAUUAACUACGAAAUCGGAUGUGUAUAGUUUUGGAGUUGUGUUCCUGGAGAUUAUCACAGGAAGAAGAGUCAUCGACAAUUCGAGACCGUCUGAAGAACACAAUUUAGUGAUUUGGGCGCAACCUCUUCUAAGAGAUAGAAAUCAAUUCACAAAAAUGGCAGAUCCAUUGCUAGGAGAUAACUAUCCGAUAAAGGGUCUAUAUCAAGCUCUAGCUGUAGCAGCAAUGUGUCUUCAAGAGGAAGCUGAUACGCGGCCGUUAAUCAGCGAUGUAGUUACUGCUCUUGAAUUUCUAGCCAACAAGAAAGAAGAAGAUGGAGAAAAACUAACAAAAGAGACUUUUGCUUCUCAAGGUGGAAAUCAUGAAUCUAAUGUUGUAAAGAAUGACGAUGAAGAAGAAGAUGAGGAUGAUGAUGAAGAUGAAGAUGAAGAUGAGGAUGACGACGAGGAUGGUGAUGACGAAGAUGAAGAGGAUGAUGAUAACGAUAAUGAUGAUGAUAAGGAUGAUGAGAAAGUUCAUAGAAGAUAUAGUGAAUGA